UUAUAUAUAACUUAUAUCCAAAUAUUUAUAGUGCAUGUAUAUAAGUUACAAUCGUAUUUCUCUCUUCAAACUAUUCAUCCCUACAAUUUCUAUCUCAUAUCUAAUAAUCACCAAAAAUGGAUGAACUAAUAUUUCCCUCGGCCUCAAUUUCUCAAGAAAACCAGCCAUCAACACUUGAACAGAGGCUUCAGUAUAUCCUCAAAAGUCAAACAAAUUCUUGGGCUUACGCCAUUUUCUGGCAAACCACCUCUAAUAAAGACAACAAUGGAAGUUUUUUCUUAACUUGGGGUGAUGGCCAUUUUCAGGGAAGCAAUAAAGACGUAGAAUGGUUCUACGUGUUGUCACUGGCUAAGUCUUAUUCUGGUAAUGAAGGGGUUAUUGGAAAAGCUUUUAGUACAGCUUCUUUUGUGUGGCUAAAUGGGGCACAACAACUUCAGUUUUGUAGCUGUGAAAGGGCUAAAGAAGCUCAGUACAAUGGCGUUAAAACUCUUGUUUGUGUUCCAAUUUCAAAUGGGGUGCUUGAAUUAGGCUCGAGUGAUAUAAUCAAAGAGGAUUGGACCUUGGUUCAACAAGUCAAGUCUUUGUUUUGUUCAGUGCAAGAAAAUGGUCCAAUUAACUUUCUUGAUCAAAAUAGUACCAUUUAUUUUGCUAAUUUUGAUUUUGUUACCGGCAUGCAAAUAGAUGUUCAAGAAUCAGACAACAACAGUAGCAAAAAGGUAGCUACAAUGAGCCAUGCUUCAUUCCUAGAUUCAGAGCUAUCGAAUUCAGAUUGCCAAUUACUAGAACAUCCGCUGCAGAAAAGUAGAGUUGGAUCUAAGAUCAGAAGGACCUACAGGAAAAGGGAAAGAAAGCCGGGAGUAGAUUGCGACAAGCAAAUGAACCACGUAGAGGCGGAGAGGCAGAGGAGGGAGAAACUCAACCACCGAUUCUACGAGUUGCGCUCGGUGGUUCCGCAAGUUACGAGAAUGGACAAAGCCUCAUUGCUAUCAGACGCAGUGGCCUAUAUCAAUGAACUCAAAGCCAAAGUGGAUAAAUUGGAGUCAAAACUUCAUAGAGUCUUGGAGCUCAAGAAGAAACCGCAAAUGGAACACAAUGACGCUGUGGACAACCAAAGCUCUACCAAUUCGGUGGAUCACGUAAGCCCUUCUCCAAUUUUAAAAUAGUCUAAAACUAUGGAUAUUUUUUAUAAAUAUAAUCGGGCGGAUUCACAAUUUACUUUUUCUAAUUUGGUGUACGUAAAUUAUAUAUAGUGAUUAUGCACAUAUAAUGUAUGAAUUAUAAGUAUAUUAUAUAUUCGCCGGCUAAUGAUUAUACACAUAUGAUAUUAAAGAUUCAUAGGAGUUACGUCCAAUAUCUCGAGGCUUACACCUCACCCCAUAUCAGAUAAUAUAAUUGAGCAUAAUUUUCAAGAAU